CGUUAAUAUCUUCUCCAGUUGCAUAAUCUGACCAUCCCAUAAUGAAAAUUCCCUUCUGGGCCCUCGUGGCCUUGCCCUUCACCACCGCCCUCGUCUCCCCCUAUUACCAGAAUCCAAUCCCCGAAGAUGAUCAUAGUAUCACCAUCGCCGACCACAACAUAGACUCCGACCUAAUCAAUGGCAUAACCACCACCCUCGCAACAGCCCUCGACGACCUCACAACCGACAUCUGGCCCACCAUCGUGAACAACUACCUCAACUACGAAAACCCUAGUGAUUCACCCCAUCCCUACGCCCAGCAGCACGUCUCCGAACUCGCUCCGCCCUUCCGCCAUCCCACUCCACCCCCAUAUCUCCGCCACCCCGCAUCCAAUAAGACCCUCUACGACCUCAUCCUCUCCAACCCGGAUACUUCCAUUCUCGCUCACUUCAUCCGCAACGACCAUCACCUAACCACCCUCCUCAACAACACCUCGACCAACCUCACCUUCUUCGCUCCUACCAACGAAGCCUUUCGUAAACUCCACCAUCACCAUCACCAUGAACAUAACACCAACAACAACUACGAUAAAGAAACCCACGCCCGCAUCCACCACAUCCUCACCUACCACACCGUAAAGGGCUCCUAUCCCAUCGACAAACUCUUCCAUUCUCCCACCAUCCCGACCUAUAUCCACACUACCAAACAUACUGAACAUACCCUCCCUCAACGCAUCACCGUCCGCCCAUUCCUAACCCGCGACCUAAUGCUCAACCUCCACAGCCGCAUCAUCUCCCUGGAUAAACACGCCUCCAAUGGAGUUCUCUACCACAUCGACUCGGUUCUCAUGCCUCCUCCUCCUCCUUCUACCCGCACCAUACUUAUAACUCCCUCCCUUGUACAGAACUGGUCUGGAUAGGGUACUUACCACCAGCUCCGAUACAAAUACCAAUACCAAUACCAUUAGCAGCAGAAGCAAAAGCAAGAACCUUCAACAAAGCCCUAACCAAUGAGACGACUACCAAACACAACCACCCACCUCAUCCCCUUCAACAAAAUCACUCGACAACCAAGGAAAUGAUGAAGGAGAAAGAAGAGGAUUAACCCUC